AUGCCGUGGAUUCACCUUCAGUCGAGCGAUGGCCGACGGCUCUUCGCGCCAUCACUCGGCCCUCUCCCUUUUUUAAGUGACAUAGAUCAGUUAUUUCAGGCGCCGCUCGCAUCUCGCGUUUUUCACUGUUUCCGUAGCACCAGUGACGAACAUGCGGAGGAAAUGCUGGUUCUCCUACACCAGCAGAGAAUGGGUGGUGAAUUAGGCGAUGUGACAAUUGCAGUUGGUGGAACAGCCGUAACGGAAGGGGAGCUGGAACUCACACUUGACUGUGUGUUGGACGUCCUCUGUCGCACAAGUGGUAGUGGGAUGCAGAUGCUACUUGAUGCACUCUCUGUGACUUCGUCACCCACUGAUAAAGGGAAUCCGCGCGGUGAUGGAAUGGCUCACGCUGGAAAGGACGUUUUGGAGUACGACGGACUUGCAGGUGGAAAUGUACCCGAUACCGAUGGCCUUGAGCGGCGCGUCGUCGCUUGGGAGGCAACAGAUAGCAAAAUACAAGGAAAAAGCAAAGCAGAGUCUGUAGCUCGCCGGCGCCUAUUGGCACGGCGUAAGGCCCUCCUAUUUUUCGUUUCACAGGAUAUUGUGCCUAUCAGUUUCCUUUUUUGUCGUGUGGGCCCCUGCACAUACAAGUCCCCCGUAUCCUCGUUACCAACCGCUGACCGUAAGAGCCUACGGUUGUUGGAAGGACUUGCACAAUGCUCAUGUCAGUGUUUGUUUGCGGUCAUUGCUCAAUCACUUGCGGCGACGUACAGUAUUGAGGUGAAGUCGUGCGAACAGCUUUGGGCCCCGGACAGUGAUGCACUGCCUUUUGUUGCAUUUUUCUCUGCAAGUGGUCUUCUUUGUGCCUCAUCCUCAUUCUUUGGCAAAAGUGACCACAGAGACCGUUUCCUCAUCGCUGCUUUGGCUGUUGAACAACUAAGUUGUUGGCCAUAUGACGAAACGCAAAGCGGGUCACCACAUCCCCUGCAACUUAUUCACGUCCGCGAGAUCUCUCUCCGGUGCUGCGGUGGUAGCGUUCCUUUUAACGUUGUUCUUACAAGCGUUGGAAGCGCUCUCUGUUGCGUGCUUGGUUUUGUUGUGGAGACACAAGGGAGUGGUGGUGUAAUGGAUCACGAGCGAUUUAUUCAGUUCGUGAGGAAACGUCUCGCCACUUCAAGGACGGUUGUCAGAACUGGUGGCGCAAUAAGGUAUUUGGAAGGCAGCGGUCAUGGCAGCGCGGAAACAGAAACCUUAGCGCCUGUUCACACGGCUGUCCGACCAGCCCAAGGGAAUACUGAUAUUUUCGCAUCGCAUUUAGCACUAUGUGUGGAGGUUAGUCAUCCAACCUCGCGGUUUCAUGAAUUACUGCAGGAGAUAAAUCGCGCUGAAGCGGAGAACCUCCGUGCUGCACCCGCAGGUGAAGAUGAGGUACCGACUAAAGCAACUGCUCCUCCCUCAUCUUGCGCUUGUGGCUGUUCCGUCUGCCUGCCAUUUAAUUAUAAGAAAGCUGGCUCUGGAGGGUUUGUAUGGCAUAGAGAUGUCACUACUCUUCCGCUUGACAUAAUGUGGUGCGUGGCAGCAAGCCAUAUUGUUGUUGCAGAGGCUCAUGUGCGGAAUAAGAUUCGUGGGGCGGGCUGCCACUGCCUCUUCUCGCUGAUAUGCAAUGAUGACGGUGACGGAGAUGUGGUAAACUCGAGACGGUAUGGCGUAGGCUGGUUUCAACAUUCCUGGCACAACACAUUGUGCGGACAAGUGGGUGGUAAGGUUGAUGGCGGUACCAUUCGUGGGAAGACGGCGUCGUUAAGUCACAACUUCCACAAUGGUGGUGGUACCAGUUCUGUGCAUGUGGAUUGUCUCAAGGUAUUGCAAGGACUCACCUCCCUUGGAGGUGGACCACGUGCUUCGGUAAAGUACGAAAUAAAGAAGGUUGGUGGCUGUUCUUUGUUCCGGAAGAAACCGCAAAUAAACAUGAGACAGAAGGAUGAUAAACCAGUAUUCACCUCCAGGAUGACGGUUUUCCCCCUUUCAGUUUUGCGAGAUGAUUUUUGCGAUGCGACUUGCUCAACAUUGGAUAGCGAUGAAGAUGAGGCAUCCGUAAUGACGGCGUUCUACACCAUUAGACGCCAUUUGAUUAAAGGCACCACGCGUGACUCCCUGGUACAAGAAGUGUUGCUGCUUGAAGGUGAUGAAGUUGGGCGGGAGGCCGAGGUGGUCGCACUUCAGCAGCAGCAGCAGCAGCAGUCAAAAGGAAGCUGUGGGUCAUUUUCCCUCUUUCAUCAGGCUGCCGCGUGUAUUUUGGAGGACGUUUGGCGCUAUGCCACUUCCUAA